CCGUGUUUGACAGCUGAAACACUUCCAGCCGAAGGUGGCAACAUUGUAAAAUUUGAUGAUUUACGGAAGGUUUUACAUACCGACAACCAUAAAGCAGAACUGAUGUGUAAAUGUGCGUGACUUGGGAACCAUGCCCUCAAAAUGACAUUUCGGUACAGGUAUUCUUGAUACAAUGAAAGUUCAGGUCAUCUCAAUCACAUAGCAGAGUGGUGAUAUUAAAUUUAAGGAACAAUGGCUGAAAAUGCUGAUGAAGAUGACCUGUUUUGGUAUGACGAACAGGGAGAUUCGGAUUCAGAAAAUGAGAUGACUGAUGAGGAUUCUUUACUGCAAGCUAUUGAGAAAAAUGAUCUUGCCAAAGCAGAGAAUCUUCUCGGUAUCAAAGGAGUCUCACCGAAUUUCGAGCGUAGGGGAAGAAGUCCCAUUUGUCGAGUUGCCUGUUUAGGAUAUAAUGAUAUGUUAGAAUUACUCAUAUCAAAGCAGAGUUGCCUGACCACGUCCUGUCAGGGCGACACCAUGUGGCUCAGGCAUCCCAUACACCUGGCUGCUUCCAAGGGUUUCCCCAAUAUCGUAAAACGUCUUGUUGAGUGUGGGGUGGAUAUCAACAGCAAGGACUCUGACCACCGUACACCCCUUCACUGGGCAGCCACAUACGGACAUACUGACACAGCACAACUGCUGCUUCAAAAGGGGGCAGUGGUUAAUGUAACACAGACUGAUGGAUUUACACCACUACACGCCGCCACCUGUCUUGGACAUCUUAAUGUUUGUAAGGUACUGAUCGACAAUGGUGCUGAUGUAAACAGGGUUGAUGCGGAGGGAUGGACUGCCCUUCACACUGCAGUGUGCUAUGGGCAGCCACAGGUUGUGGAGCUUCUCCUAGAAAAUAGAUCUACUGUCAAAGCCUUAACUUUGGAUCAGAAUACAACUUUGCAUGUAGCGGCAAGUAGUGGGUAUCUCAGUGUGAUGGAAAUCUUGCUGACCCAUGACUUGGAUCUGAACAGGAGAAACAUGCAAGGUUUUACACCAUUCCACCUGGCAUUUUAUCACAGCAAGAUCGAUGCUUGUAAACUGUUAAUUAAACAUGGAGUAGACAUCCAGACAACAGACCUUAAUGGUCAGUCACCUUUGUACUUGGCUGCGGCACGGAUGAAUGUGAAGCUGGUUCACCUUCUUCUGGAAUCUGGAUAUGACUUUAGCAAGGAAAAAUGGAUUCGCGACAAGCAGUUUCCAUUUGUUGUCCAAAAGCUACCGGCUCUUUGUGAAAUGUUGAUAGAGACUGCCAGCAAUCCUAAAUCCCUUCAGUAUAUAACUUGUUUUAAGAUUCGAAAUCUCAUUUCUGGGAAUAUUGUUCCAAAAAUAGAGAGUUUGCCCAUUCCGAAUAGCUUGAUAGAUAUUCUAGCAUUUAAAUGUGGACAGUUUAGCGAGGAGAAUAAUUCUGAGAAAGUUGCAUUUUUUUCCACAAUCCAACAAGCAUGGGUAUAUACAUAAGACAAGUUUUCUCUUUAUUUGAUAUUCCAAUGUAUGUGUUAACCACAGUUAAUCUUUUUUUUUUCAACCAAUCACAGAGCUCAAAAAGUUGUUAAAAAAAACAUUCAUUGGUAGACUCAAUUACCUUAUGUUUCUUCAGUCAUUAAAGAUUCCUAAUCUAAGUCUUAAAAUUAAUUAUAAACCCUUUUCCCAAGUGUGAAAGUUUUGAUUUAACAAAGUCACUGUCACUCAUGAAAUAACAAAAUUAUUCCCAAUUGAAGAAGGUUUAUACUUACACUAAAUACAAUUAAAGAAUAUACUUUAACACUAAUAUUUCAAUAUUUUGAUUUAUAUAAUAAUGUCAUCAUUUUUGGACAGUUUGUAUGUACCCCUGUACAACUUGGACAGGGGCAUAGUGUUUUAGCCCAAUUCUGUACGCCUUCUGUCAGUGUAUCUGCUAGUGUUACAUAGGUUCAAGUUUUUGGGCGUUUUGAGGCCAUUUGUCGGGGUCAAAAUGAAUUGGUAACAGGGACAUUCAUUUUGCACCAACAUAUUUCUAGUUUUUUAUUUUUAGAGGAAGGGGUUAAAAUAUUUAAAACAUUUCAAUACAGGACAUGAGGUGAUAUAAUGAGAAAUAUGACUAAACACUGAUUGUUACAUUGAUAAUUAAGAGCCUUUGCUUUCAAACUAGCAUGCUGUUGAUUUUAAGAGUCUUGUAGUUAAAAUGUUCAUGACUAUUCAGUAAUACUUAGGUUUUAUACAACUCUAUAAGCAAAAAUGUUAUCACAGAUGUUUUCAAGAGAUAUUAACACGAAGGUGUGUGUAUCUGUUAUACUAAAAAUUACAUAUAAUGUUGAACAGGAUAUGAAAUAUUAUUAUUAUUGCCCGGUAUACUUCGGACUGUAUUUCAGUUAUAUGCAGGUUCAAACACUAAGAACAUUUUUGUUUAUUGAUAAAAACAUUCUACUUUAUUGAAAAGACAUUAUUGUUUAUUGUUAUUUACGAUGGUAAAGGUUUAUUCUCAAUGUUUCUUUUAUUUCAUUAUGUUUAUUUUUUGUGACAAGUCUUAGACGACAUUAAAUCAUUAAUACUGUUGUGUUAUCAUAAUAAAUACAUUUUAAAAAUCAAA